AUGUCGGUCGAUGCAUGGGACGAGUAUUUAAGAAUGUCCUCAUGCAUGUGCCGGAAUAGUCUUGACCAUUUUUGUAAAGGUAUCGGUGAUCUAUAUGAACGGCGAAAUCUGAGGAGUCCGACCUCCAAUGACAUCCCGCUUUUAUACGCGGCCCAUCAAGGAAAACACGACUUUUCUGAGAAAUUGGGUACAUCUAGAUUGCAUGCAUUGGGAUUGGGAGGCAUGCCCGACUGCUUGGAAAGAUCAACACACCCGAGUGCAAACAACGAUCUUGUUGUCUUACAAUCAUGGAAUCUUUUCGAUGAUAAGGACGAGGUUGCACCGGAUUCAUCAUUUUAUGCAAAUGAUGUGCAUUACAAGUACGAGUAUCAUCUUAUUGAUGGUAUAUAUCCAGAGUGGACCGUGUUAAUGAAAAUUCUCUCAUGCCAUGAUGAUGGAAGACACAUGUAUUACAGGAAAAAACAUGAGUCCACGGGAAAAGAUAUCGAACAAGUAUUUGGGGUGUUAAAGAAAUGUUAG